GGGCUGCCGGGAGCCGUAGUGCGGCCGCCGGACUCCAUUUCCCAGCGUGCCGCGGGGUGGGGCAGGGAGGAGGGGGAGCUCCCGGAAGUUCCGGUUCCCCCUCAGCGGAGCGCUGGGCCUGGCGCGGCGGCGGCGGGGAGCAGGUUGUGCUGUCGUGGUGUUCUCAGAGCGAAUUACCCAUUUCUGGAAGCCUACCAGACAAGGGGAACAUGUGGGGAGACCAUCGACAAGGCAACAGAACGGGGUCCUAUCGUGGGAGCCAAGAAGAAAGGUUUGCUCCCGGGUGGAACAGGGAAUAUCCUCCUUCCCUUGAUAGUCUUGCUCAAGAAAGACACUCUGGCAACUUCUCUGGCAGAGAAUCACUUCCUUUUGAUAUCCAGGCACUCGCAGGCCUCCUCAAUCCUCAGUUUGCCAACAGAGAGGAACCUUCUUUCAGCUUUGGAGCCAGAGAUGGACCGCGUAGUGACCUCAGAGGUAGGGAAGGGCACCACGAUUUCAGGGGCAGAGAUUUCCCACCGUCUGACUUUCAGAACAGAGAUGAGUCUCAGAUGGAUUUCAGAGGCAGGGAACCACCCCCUUCUGAGUACAGGGGCAGGGAUAUGUACUCCGGAGACUUCAGGGAGAGAGAAGGGCCACCUAUGGACUACAGGGGUGGGGACGCUCCUUCAGGGGACUACAGGAACAGGGAGACGUUCCGUAUGAACUACAGGGACAGGGAAGCACAUAACGUGGAUUACAGGGGCAGAGAUGAGCCUCCGUCAGACUUCAGGGGGAGGGGGUCUUUUGAUCUGAACUUCAGAGGUCGAGAUGGAUCUCAUUCGGACUUUAGGGCAAGAGACGUGCCUGAGUUAGACUACAGGGGCAGAGACCAUUCCUAUUCCGACUUCAGAAAUAGGGAUGUACCUAAUAUGGACUUCAGGGGUAUGGGCACAUCUGAUCUGGACUUCCGAAACAGAAACGCACCAUCGUCAGAUUUCAGAAAUAGGCACAGGUCUCGGACUGAUCAGGAUUUUAGGAGCAGAGAGAUGGCUCCUCCCAUGGACUUCCCAGAGAGGGAAAUGCCUCCUGUGGAUCAAAGCGUUGUAGAUUUUAGGCGCAACCAGUCUACUGUACCUUUAGCAGAAAGAGAGGGCUCUGGUUUAAGCACCAGCAAGAGAGAGGAGGCUGCGCUUGGUUUAGAUAGAACACCUUUUGGUAGCCAAAAAAGCGAAUUUCAACAUCCGGAAGCACCAGCCAGAGAAGAGGAAUCCCUUGGACUGAAUCUCAAAGAUGACGCUUCACACAAUUUCCAAAACAGCCGUGGACCUCCUCCUACUACCCUUCAGGACCAAGAGGAGCAACCUCAGAGCUUUGCUAACAAGCAACAACAGCAGCAACAGCAGCAGCAGCUUUCUGGGGGGGAUCAGCAAAGAUCUGAUUCUGAUCUUGGGUCGAAAGGUGAAGGAGAUCUGGAUUUCCUGGGACGGCAAGAUACGGACUACAGAAACAUUGAGUAUCGUGAUGUGGAUCACCGGCUGCCAGGGCACCAGAUGUUUGAUUACGAACAUGGCAAGUCCUUUUCAGAAGGAAAACCCGGCAAAGAUUCUAGGCCCUAUAAGAGCCUUCAGGACCAAGAUUACCGGACCUGCCCCAAAUACAUGAAGCCAAGCAAGCUCAUUCGGCUAGGAGGAGUGCCUGAAACUGCCACAAAGGAUGAUAUUCUCAAUGCUUUCCGAGGGCCGGAUGGGACACCUGUGAAGGACUUGCGGCUGAAAGAUUACAGUUCAGGUUACGACUAUGGCUAUGUCUGCGUGGAGUUUUCACUCUUGGAAGAGGCCAUCGGAUGCAUGGAAGCCAACCAGGGAACUCUUUCGAUUGGAGGCAAAGAAGUGACCCUUGAGUACACUCCGUGCCCGGAGUUCUGGCGCUGCAAACGUUGUAAGGUGUGUACUGUGGGCUACAGAUCUUCCUGCUCCUAUUGCAAGCUCCCAAGAGAUGGGAGCAGAGCAGGCCCAGAGUCCAGAGGUGGUUCUGAGGGAGAGGACGCAUCCGCUGAGCAAGAAUUCACAGAGGCAAAGCUUGAAAAACCUGAGCAAGAGUUACCAGCACAACCUGGAUCUCCAAAGCAGCCUGUCCAGCCUUCAGUUCCUGCUCCACAGCAGGAGUGCCAGCCUCAAGAGCAGGAGCCAAGGAAAAGAGAUGAAGGGAGAGAGCGACGGCCCUUGCAGGAGAAGAGAAGGGACAUGGACAGGCACCAGGAGAUGCCUCCUCAGAGAGAAGCAGAGGAAGCCACACCACAGGAAGGUGGAGGAAGCAGAACAAUUAUGCUGAAGCGUAUUACACGAUUCACCCCCCCAGAAGUGAUUGUGGGGCUCCUGGCUCCAUACGUGCAGAUCUCCACGUCCAGAGUGCGCAUCAUGAAGAACAAAGCUGGCCGGAUGGGGCAGACCUAUGGCUUCAUUGAACUGGACUCACAUGCUGAGGCACUGAGGGUGCUAAAGAUACUGCAGAAUCUGGAUCCCCCUAUGUGCAUUGAUGGUCGUACGGUGGAAGUGAAUCUUGCUACUGGGAGGAGAAGCAGGAAUGACUACGGGGAGCACAGUGACAAUUCCUACUAUGGACAGGGCAGAAGGGGCAUGAGAGACAGGAGGGGCAACGAAUCACAGAGACGCACCAGAGCACAGUCUCCAUCAGAUGUGUCCACAUACAUUUACGAUCCUGAAACUGGGAAUUACUACGAUCCCAUAGCUGGGACAUACUACGACCCCAGGACUCAGAGAGAAGUCACGAUAGACCGAGAAGCCUGCUCAUCACCUGUAGAGAACAAAAGGCGGCGACAUGGAAGCCAAGAAUGGACAAAUGAAAGGAAGGAACCAUACAACAGAGACAACAGGGACAACAGGGACAAAAAGGAGAAAGGGAAAAAUACUUCUGCUAAGAAUGAGCCUGGAGAGGAGAGGUUCUUCACAGAAGAUGUCUUCAAAAAGCCAUUACCACCCUCUGUGAAAAAGGACGAAAGUGCAAGCUUGAAUGAGUCUGGAGAGGAGAAGUUCUCUGCAGAAGACGUCUUUAAGAAACCAUUACCUCCCUCUGUGAAGAAGGAUGAGAGUGCAGCCCCGCCCAAGGUGGUGAACCCUCUGAUAGGUCUUCUGGGAGAGUACGGAGGAGACAGUGACAACGAAGAGGAGGAGGAAGAGGAGGAACAGGCGCAGUGGCUGCCACCUCCCCACCCACCAGCACAGCGCGAGGAGCAGCAGAGGAAGGCCAAGGUGAACGACGACAAGCUGACUGACUGGAACAAGCUGGCUUGCUUGCUGUGCAGGAGGCAGUUUCCCAACAAGGAAGUGCUCAUCAAGCACCAGCAGCUCUCCAACCUGCACAAGCAAAACCUGGAGAUACACAUGAAGAUCAAACGAUCUGAGCAGGAACUGGCAUAUUUGGAGAAGAGAGAGCGUGAGGGGAGAUACAAAGACAAAGGAAAUGACCGAAGGGAGAAGUUCCAGCAAAUGGAUUCACCAGAGAGGAAACGACUCAGAUAUGACCGGGACUCAGAGAGUGACUACGAUCCAAGGAUUGACAGUAACAACAAAGGAAACCGAAUGUUGCAGUCCACAGGGUGGACGAAAGGCCUUGGCUACAACCAGCAGGGUACAGCCUCACCAAUGGAGGUGGAAAAUCGGAAGAAGGGACCUGGCUUGGGGGCCCAAGGGAAGCCCAACAAGAGGCAGUCCAACGAGACUUACCGAGAUGCUGUCAGGAGAGUCAUGUUUGCCCGCUACAAGGAACUUGAGUGAAUGGUGCAGAAAACCCCAAGCCUGUCUCUCUCCAUCUCUGUCUCUUUCUCUGUGUCAUGUUCUUUUUUUUUUUUUUUUUUUUUUUUGAAUUGUUACAGGUUUUGCUGCUAGAUUUUUUUUAAUAAAACUGAAAAUUUGUCAGUGCUUGUCUCUUGCCUGAAAUGGCAUGUUUGAAAGGAUGUGUUGCUUUGGAAGAUUCCCCAUCAUGUUUUGCUGUCUGCUGACAAGGUCCCUGGGGCUUGUGGCCAUGUCAGGGUCAGGCGCUCCUGGUGCCACGUACUCUUGGGUCAAGAAGUGAGCAGAGAGCAGAAGAAAGCCUCAAGGCCUGGGAGGAAGUUGGGAGCAGGAGCAACUUGUGUGGGAUUCAUCCCAGUUUUUAGCAAGGACAGUUGGGUUCGAUUGGUAGCAAUUUAGCUUCACAGCUGAAGCUCUGGUUAAUGCUGGGCGUCAUCUGGGCUUCCCAACCCUUCUUCCCUGGGGAAGGGCUGGAUCUGUUGGCAGCACCACUGGGGGACUUUGUGGGGAUGUAGAUAGCCCUGCUGCUCCGUCAUGGUGGGGGACAGUUUGAUAGCAGAGUGUUUGGUAGGGGAAAGGCUGUUUUGGGCAAGUGCUCACACAGCCCCGGGAGGCACAGAGGCAGCUCCUUGGGCAGGGCUGUGUCACAGGGAGGGUUUGGCUGAAGCAGGAUGGAAGCUGUGUGUGUGUGUGUGUGUGUGUGUGAGCUCAGCAGGGACCAGAGGUGAGGAGGCUGAGUGUGCUCUGCACAGGUAAGGGUGGUGCUGGUGGCCAGCAGGAGCAGCCCAUGUGCCAGAGCAGCAGGAGGGUGGUGACGGAGCUGCCCCGGCCUGCACACUGCUUCCCUGUGUGCCCAGCAGAGAGCCAGCCCGAACGUUGCUUUCAAAUAUCCCAAAGCAAGGAAAACCAGAGAUGUGUGGAAGCUGAAGACAGCAAGAUUUGGAGGUAAAGGGCUGCCUCCAACACCUGACAGCUUCUAAAGAGAGCAGAAGACCUGUCCAAGCUUCGUUUCUUUGUCUCCAACACAGGCAACCCCAGGAAGUGUGGAGCUCUUACUCAGUGGCACCCCAAUUCUCAGUGCUGCACCCAGCAAGGGAGGAUGUGGGGAUCCCCGUCGUGGUUCUGGUGAGUACGUGGUGUGAGGGGGGGAGUGUGUGUGCCCAGGGCAAGUCACAUUGUUCAGACAGGACUUGUAGACAGCCCUCCCCUGCCACAAAGCCCGUCUGUGCUCUGUCUAGGCACUUCAUGCAAACCCAGCGAGAGAUCAGGAGGCUCUGGGUGAUGGCGAUGAUAAUGCUUCAGGUGGGGAGGUGGGCAAUGGUCCUGACUCACGGGACGCCGAUAGCCCUGUUAGAGUGGAAACAGUGAGGAAGCGUCCCAAACUAGAGCCUGAAUGAGUAAUGCAAAACCUCAGAAGUGUAGCAACCCUUCUAGCUCUCUCCAGAUGAUGGUGAAGGAUUUGGGAAAACACGCUGGGCGUGACCUGGCCGAGUGGCUCCCUCGAGUGUCUGCAGUGAGGGUUGCAGAGAUCUGAGAUGUGGGACAGCCAAAAAGGUGUGUGCACAGCCCUGCCGUGGGGUGUGGCGGUAAGAACAUGGCCUUGGUGGUGAUGUCUGGGUGAAUUCAUAGCCGCAGAAAGCUUUUUAUGAGCUAUUGGCAGCAACUUCAGAUGCUGGGUAUCUGAGUCACCGGGUGCUCCCAGCUCGGCAAAGCCCAGGUGAGUCUGAGUUACAUGCAGGUGUUCAGAUAAAACAUAAACGUAACAGCAGUUUUGCCAGGACUCAAGUUAGAAACAAGACAAGAGUAGGAACAGACUGCACGGAAAAGGGGGAAAAAAAAUCUAAUUUCACAGUGUGCCUGUCUCCAGUCAAGAAUCUCCUUUUCUCUCGUUGGAGGUAGAUCUGCAUCCUGGUUUUUAUGUUCAUCAUAGAAAUAGUGCGGAUGUGCCAGCUUCCAUUCCUGUGAGGAUCAUAGUUAAAUGACUAUGGGAAAUUAUGGAUAUUGCUUGUGCCUAAAGAUGUUGGAGCAAUACCGUGUUACUAACAGAAGUUUGUGAUUUCCAGGGGCUGUGCCAUGCGUGGCUUGAAAACAACAGUCGCCUGGACAACCUCAUGGAAAAUCAAGCUACAUUUGAUAUUGUCAUAUUUCCUCUGGAUUCCUCUUCCCCACGAAAACCCAGCGGGUGUCUCUGUGUAAUAAUUCCCUUGAAGGGCUGUGUUUGUGUGCAUUAAUGUGUGUAUGUGAGCAUGAAACAUGCCUUCUGCAUCGUAAUGCAUCAGCUGUGCAAUACCCAGCUUUAUGGAACGUAGGGGAGCCCUCCGCUGGCGUUAGGAUGAGAUGGCUGGGACAAGGUUAUUAAUGAAUGGGAACAAAUAGAUCAAGAAGCCAAAAGCAUUAAAAAGAGGCACAAAGCCAAAAAAAAAAAAAAAAAAAAAGAAUUGUAACGUUAAAACAACAGCCUAGGUGAUGUAGAAACCUCAGCUAUCCCUGGCAGGGUGUCUUUGAUGUCUUUGAUAUUUUUGAUACCAUUUAUAUAUAUUUAUAUUUAAUGAAUGCACCUAAAGCCACAGCUGGUUUGCAACUA